AUGAACGCACCAGCUGCUUUCGAAUCGUUUUUUCUUUUUGACGGAGAGAAAAAGCUUGUUGUUGAGAAGGAUACCAAGGUCCCCAACGCCGCCAUCUUCACCUUCAACAAGGAGGACCACACUUUGGGCAAUUUGCUGAAGCAGUAAGUUGGUUUAUGUUGGUUUAGUUUUGUUUUUAGUCAGCUCUUGAAGGAUCCGCAGGUGUUGUUUGCCGGCUACAGAAAUCCUCAUCCAUUGGAACACAAGUUCAUUUUGAGAGUCCAAACCACUGCCGAUACGACGCCUCAGGCCGCGUUGAAACAGGCAAUCGAAGAUCUUUUGGCCGAGCUUCAUUUUCUGGAAGAGGGCUUUUUGGUAUGUUAAUAAGAAUAUGUUUCCUUCAAAAUAUAAGAAAAUUAAAGCUAUUUUUAUUAUUUAAUUAUAUUUUCAGACUUCUUUGAGCAACAUCAAGAACGAACGAGGAUUUUAA